GCACUUUCACGAGCGUAUAAUUAGAUGUGCUUUGCAAAUAAUAUAAUAGUGUAUUCUAUUCGAAUAAUGUGUAUUUAUAUGAUUUUUGUGUCUCCGGAAUUUUUGGUAUAAAAUGCUGCAUUGUGUGCGCGUAAUAUAAUUCACAAUUGUUUAAAAUGUUGGAAUGAAAGCUGCUAGUUGAUUAUUAUGCGUAUAUUAACCUCAACAGUCGUCGAUAUUUUAUUUCUGUAUGCGAUUAAUUGGUCAUAAAUAGCAUAAAUUUUCUUGAUAUUAUGAAGUUUAUAAUAAUAUAGGAUGAAAAUGGAACAUUUUUAUAAUUUUUAUGUCGUCCAGGCUGCUCAAUUAUGAAUCCUGAUAUUCAGGAAAAGAUUUUCAAGUUUGAAACUUUUGUCAAUGAUGUGUUGAAGGAGGAUCUUGCUAAAUUAGAGCAGAAACUUGAUACUAAGAAUGGAGAAAUUGCAGAGUUUCUUCAGUUAAAGGGUAUGAUAACUACCCUCCAAAACAAUGGCUUUGAUAAAAGUGGCUUUAAAACUCAAGUAGAUAUUGGACAAAGUUUCUUUAUUGAAGCACACAUUCCCGAUGCUUCUACAAUUCUAUUGGAUAUUGGUUUAGGGCAUUAUAUGGAAUUUUCUUUACACGAUGCUCUGGCUGUUAUCAAUGUUCGAAUUAAGCUACUGGAACAGCAAAUUAAACAUUUUCGUAAAGAGAUAGCCAAUACAAAUGCUCAUAUCAAACUAAUUCUCCUAGGCAUUAGAGAAUUGCAAGGGUUUGAUGACUAAGUACAAAGCAUAUUUUGCCUGUGUAAUUUUAUAAUCUUUCAUGUAUACAUAUUUCUUUACUAAUUUUUAUACAUAUUGAAGUUUUAAAUAAAUGUCAAACGACAUUGAAA